AUGCUGUUAGAGACCAUUGAGAGACUAAACGCUAUGAUGACAUCAAUGCAGUUGCAUAUGAAUAAACAGAGUUUGGAGAUUUAUAGUUUGAAAUCUAAGGUGGAAUCACUUCAGGAUAAGAUAGAAUCACACGAGUCAUUAUUGAGAAAAAUGGAAACAAAGAAUGUCGAAGGUGUCUUUACAGGCAAGCAACAUCCUCGAUUUCUAAUUGAAGAAAGACAAGAUGCCGUAGCCUUUUAUGCCUAUUUAUCCAAAACAGAGAAUGACCCUGGACAUCGACACAUCAUUGCCUUCGACCAAGUAUCCAUCAAUGUUGGUAACGCCUACGUCCCACACAACGGCGAAUUUGUAGCGCCCUCUGCCGGUAUUUACGCCUUUUCUGUCUCAAGUGCUUGUGACUGGGAAGGCAGAAUACCAAUUGAAAUUGUGGUGAAUAGUAAUGUAGUUGGGUCGACUGUGUCCGACAGCAAACCAGCAAGACACGUUGCAGUAGCGUCAGAGACGGUUAUUGUUUCAAUGGAACAAAAUGACAGAUGUUUCAUCAGAACGACCCCAGAUGCACACAGAGAAAUUAUAUUGAACGUUUACAGUUCAUCCUACGCUCGUUCAUCCUUUGCAGGGUGGAAAAUAUCAAAUUAA